ACCAUCGCUAUCUGAUCACCGGUAUCAGUUCAUCUUCUUGAUUUCAUUACUAAGUUUAAUUCAUUCCAUCAUGUUGGGCGUACUCUUCGGCGUGCUGUCCGUUGCCGCCCUCGGCUCCUGCGGCAUCUUCCACGGCGAGCUCAGCCCCCCGGCCGCCGGCCUGCCCUUCAGCUCGGGCUACGCCCCCUCCGCCCCCAGCGUGCCCCUCGGCGCCGACCUGAGCCCCCAUGGCGGAGCUGGUGCUCAGUCUUUCGCUUCGGCGGGAUCGUAUCCUGGCAGUUUUGGAGGAUCUAGUCUCGCUUCCAGCGGCUCUUUUGCGUCUAGCGGACCGUCUGGAUUCAAUGCUGGACCCGCUCCAGCCUUCGCCGGCCAUGGACCAGUUGUUAGCGGAUCAUUUUCAGUCGGAAGCCCAAUUUCUUCCGGUCCUGGAUUAGGUGGAUUCAGCUCAGCCAACGCCGGAGCCUCUAGUUUCGCUUCUGGUGGUUUUGGAUCGAGCCUGGCUAACGCCGGUGCAUCCAGUAUCGCUUCUGGACCAAUUGGAUUCGCCGGAGCUAACGCUGGAGCUCAAAGUUUCGCUUCUGGGCCAAUUGGAUUCUCUGGAGCCAACGCUGGAGCUCAAAGUUUCGCAUCGGGAGGACAUUUAGCAUCGCACGGUUCUGAACCUGGUACAGUAGAUCACGGAACCACCUACGACCACAGAUUCGAACGCGUUCCUGUUCCACAACCCGUCGCAGUUCCAGUAACAGUCGACCGUCCCUAUGAAGUUCGUGUUCCAGUACCCAGACCCGUCGAAGUACCUCGUGCAGUUCAUGUAGAUGUUCCCACUCCAGUCCAUGUCGAAGUAAAACGCCCAGUACCAGUUCCAGUGCCCCGUGAAGUUCCUGUUCCAGUCAAAACACCUGUUUACGUCAAGGUGCCUCAUCCAGUUCACGUGAACAUUCCCAAACCAUACCCAGUGGUGAUUGCCAAGCCUUACCCAGUCCAUGUGCCAGUGAAGGUAGCCGUUAAAGUGCCCGUGCCCGUAGGUUUACACACCACCGCACCUAUUGGUGUCCAUGCGCAUAGCGGUUACGUCACUCUGAAGCAGCAUGGUGGAUGGCAACCACACGGAUGGCAACCCAGUUGGUAAAACGCCCAUUGAUGAGCUAUCAUUUUUGUCCAUUCUAGUCUGAUUUUAAUUUUAGUUGAUUUUUGUUAGCUUAUUUUGAUGAAAUAAA